AGUUAUUAUAUUAUCGUUAUUAUGUAGUUUUGAUAUUUUAAUUUUAUAAAACAUAUCAAAACAGUUUUUUAAUAAUACAUUAAUAUCUUAAUUGUUCGUAAAACCUUUACAAGGUUUGCAAUUGAAAUAAAGUAUGGAAGAACAAAUAUUGGAAGAACGUCUGAGGAAAGCAGCCUGUAUUGGGGAUACAGAUGUAGUUCAGGAACUUGUCAAUUUAGGCGUUGAUGUUAACACGCGUCACAGUGUUAACGGAUGGACACCAUUACAUUGGGCUUGUAAAAGAGGCUUUUUGGAUGUCGUUGCUUUACUUUUAAAGCAUGGUGCAGAUAAAAAUAUAAGGUCAGAAUGUGGAGAGACAGCAGUAUCUUUAUGCUCCAAUCAACAAAUUUUACAAUUAUUAAAUUCUGAUAUUCAACGUAAUACAAAUGGACCAAUGAUACAUCAAUUUAUGCCUAAAUAUAUAAAAAAUGUAACUACCAAUGUAGAUCCUGUACAGCAUUUAGGGAUGAAUCAUACUCGAUAUGAAUUAAAAAAUAAUAACCAUUUGCAAGAUGAAUUGGUAGUAAAAUUACGUAUUGCAAAUGCACCCGAUCCUGACUUUGUGGAGGUUGAACUACCUAUGAAUGAUCUAACAUAUCAGACAUUAAUACAGAUAUGUUGUGAAGAAUUUGGAUUAUGUUCACAUCAAAUUUUGAAGUUACGAAAAUUACCAAAUACGAAACUGAGGAAAGAUAAAGAUAUAAAACGACUUCAACAUUUUCAAGAAAUUGAAAUAAUAACAGAUCCAGCAAAUGUAUAUAAACAUGUGCAAUAUUCUAACAGCGUUCCUAAUAACAUCGCAUCUACACCAGCUAAUGGAUAUCAAAGUAUUUCAAAUAAAGACCAAACUAUUUUAUAUUAA